GAAAGAUUGAUUUUUCUUAAAAAUUUACGGACUUGGGCAACGCAUGCAGAGACUCAGAGUCAUGCAGAGAUUCGUCGAGGGAGCCAUUUCAAAGUAAGCAGCUAGGCGGCUCUGCGCUGUGCAGCUUUUCUGCGUCGCUGUAGACAGCGACUUUGAGAUAUGUAGGGGUAAGAGUCGAAGCCUCCAGCAGAAAGGCAAGUGGUUGGCGGGGGGUCUGUUCUUUCGGAGACUGAAAAGGUCUUGAAUGAGUUUGUGGUGAAAACAGCUCAGACAGGUGGCAUCCUUGCGCAAGCUGGCAUGUCUGAGAAAGGACAGGGGGAAAGAGCGGACAGGAAAGGAGUCUCGGAGCAAGCGUCGCAUGACAGCGCUGAAAAAAUCAGGGUCGAAGGGAGAAAGGACCCUCGCAGGGCUGAACAAACCCAAAUGCCUGGGUCAGCAAGCAAGCUGGAAAAGGAUGGUAAAAGGGAGAGAGAGGAUCCAAAUGUUAGCGGACAGUAUAGAAGAGGCGAGCGUGAGAAUGGGGAGGAUACCAGGCGGACUAUGGAGCGGAGGCGGGGACAGGAUGAGAGUUUGCCUCCACAGAAAAGAAGUGCCGAAGAGGAGAGCCGGGAGGAGGUUAAGAAGAGAAAGUACUCUCCAAUCGUUUGGGACAAAUCGCAGGGUGGAAAAGAUAGUGCUUUGGGAAGCGGACCGAGGGCGGCAGAUGAGAGACCAGCUGUUAAAUCUAGGUUAGGAGGACCCCCUCCAGCGCCUGCAAGACCGCCAACCGCAAUGCUAGACGAUAGAAGAAAGGCUGGCGAUAGACGGGUUGCUGAAGGCAUUGCUGGAAGUGAGAGGGCAGAUUCUUCAAGGGACAGGAGCGAGUCACGGGAGAGGCGGAGAGUAUCACCUGGCAAAGACCGGGCUACUGAGGAUCGAAGAAAGGCGGAAGGCCGGAACAGUAGGGACGAUCGUGGGGAUCGUCCAAGGGAUGGCGAGAGGAGAGAAGAGGGGCCUCGUCAUCACAGGCACAGGGAAGAUGAGAGCAGGGGCCGGCCCAAGCACCGUGCGCAUGAGAGGAUUGAGGGGCAACGGGACGUGCAAAGGGAUGCUUCCCGUGAGAAAGAAAGGCAGUCACUUAAGGAUCAAGAGAAGGAUAUGCAGCCGGCGAAGAUGGAUGAUCAGAAGCCUUUGGAGCAACCUGCAAUUGGAGCAGUUGCAAAUGAGCAAGUUGACUUGCCCCGUGACCCUCGGUCGCCCUCGGUGUCCUCCUCAUCUUCUUCAGCGCUGUCCGACGGGUCCCCCCCAAAAGCAGCCGCUCGUGGGGAGUCUCCGGAACCCGGGCAGUUGCCUGAUUCUCCGCAGGCCCAGGAGGACAAAGGCCAAGGUCUCUUGAGAUCCCGGUGGUUAGAGCCGGAGGAGUUGAGUCCAGAAGAAGAAGGGAGGGCUAAAGAACUUCUGGGAAGUGGCAAAAAGCGGCGGCUGGAUUCGGAGGAUAGAGAAGAUAUGGGGUUCAAGCGGAGGCCUGCUAGCGUGGCCGGCAGCCGUAACAAUCUGCGCAUUGGCGAAGAAGGCGAGAUCGAAGGGGAACCGUCCCCGGCCGUCAAAGGUGGGGAUGUGACUCUGAGUACUGAGAGAGGCGAGAAGAGUGGCAGCAGGGGGGAUUCAUAUGAGCGGGAGUUGAACAGGCGAGAGUUGGAAGAGAUAGAUAAUGAGAGCGAGGGGGAGGAGGAGCUCGGUCGGCCGGGGAGUGUGAGCAGCGAUGACGAGGAUCCCGGGAACCCCGUGCUGCAAGAGCAGCCCAAGGUGAACAUGCUGGAGGGGUGCAGGAGCGUGGACGAGUUUGAGCGGCUGAACAAGAUUGAUGAAGGCACCUACGGGGUGGUGUAUAAAGCAAAGGACAAGAGGACGGGCGAGAUCGUGGCCUUGAAAAAGGUCAAGAUGGAGAAAGAAAGGGAGGGCUUCCCAAUGACGUCGCUUCGAGAAAUCAACAUCCUCCUCUCCUUCGAUCGCCACCCCUCAAUUGUGGACGUCAAGGAGGUGGUUGUGGGGAACAAUCUGGACAGCAUCUUCAUGGUGAUGGAGUACAUGGAGCACGACCUCAAGUCGCUUUCCGAGAGUCAGAAGCAGCCGUUCACCGCGAGCGAGGUCAAGUGCCUCAUGCUGCAGCUGUUCGAGGGAACCAAGUACCUGCACGAGAACUGGGUCCUGCACCGUGAUCUAAAGACCUCGAACCUGCUGCUGAACAACAAGGGCGAUCUCAAGAUCUGCGACUUUGGCCUCGCGCGCCAGUACGGCAGCCCGCUCAAGGCGUACACGCACAUGGUCGUCACGCUCUGGUACAGGGCCCCCGAGCUGCUGCUGGGCUCCAAGCUGUACUCGACGGCCAUCGACAUGUGGUCGCUGGGCUGCAUCAUGGCGGAGUUGCUGUCCAAGGAGCCCCUCUUCCCCGGCAAGUCCGAGAUCGACCAGAUCGAUAGGAUCUUCAAGCUCCUGGGCACACCGAGCGCCCAGAUAUGGCCCGACUUCGAAAACCUGCCGAACGUCAAGAACGUGCGCUUCGUGAAGCAGCCGUACAACAAGCUGCGCGAGAAGUUCCCCCCCUCGUCCUUCACCAACAAGCCGACGCUCUCGGAGGCCGGCUUCGACCUGCUCAACAAGCUGCUGACGUACGACCCCGCCAAGCGGAUCACGGCGGAACAGGCGCUGAAGCACGAGUGGUUCAAGGAGGUGCCGCUGCCAAAGGACAAGGAGCUGAUGCCCACCUUCCCCGCGAGGACGGACCACGACAGGAGGCGCCGCAUGCUCCGAAGCCCCGACCCCCUUGAGGAGCAGCGGCAGCGGGAGAAGCGGCAGCCUGCAGGCGGCAGCGGCCUAUUUGGGGCCGCUCUAUAGAGAGUGGAAAGGUUGGAGCGGCUUAAAAAACGAAUCUCAUGAUCAGUUGUCUUGGUCGCUAUCCUGCAAGUCCAAAGCUGCCAGGUCGACUUUUCUCGUGGACAAAACCUAUGCUCGCAUUGAAGUUUUGGCACUUCGGCAAACCAGGGGCCUGUCGAGCGUAUUUUUCACACACAGUGUCGCGUCUUUGCGCUGCAUGUCCUUGAAUCCAAGCAAUCAGAGUAAACGUUGCAUAUAUAUGCAUCUGGUCA